UCCCCAUAUAAAGCCACGCAACCUCAUCCCUAAACCCCCUCCCUCACCGUUCUGCCUCAUCAAGUCCCUCCUCCUCCCCUGCCUCCACCUUAUCCUCACCUCACCUCACCUCAGCUCAGCUCGCCCCCGCCCCCAAUGGCGUCGGCCAACGCCAUCUCCACCGCCUCCCUCCUCCGCUCCUUCUCCUCCCAGGGGAGGCUGAGGAGGUCCAAGAACGGCCGCUCGUCGCGGCUGGUGGUGCGCGCGGACGCCAAGGAAAUCGCCUUCGACCAGAAGUCCCGCGCCGCGCUCCAGGCCGGCGUCGAGAAGCUCGCCAGCGCCGUCGGCGUCACCCUCGGCCCGCGAGGGAGGAACGUAGUGCUGGAUGAGUAUGGCAACCCCAAAGUGGUGAACGAUGGUGUUACCAUUGCCCGUGCUAUUGAGCUAGCUAACCCAAUGGAAAAUGCUGGUGCAGCUCUGAUUCGUGAGGUUGCUAGUAAGACCAAUGAUUCUGCUGGUGAUGGGACUACGACUGCUUGUGUCCUUGCUCGAGAAAUCAUCAAGCUGGGCAUUUUGAGUGUAACUUCUGGUGCAAACCCUGUAUCGCUUAAGAAAGGAAUAGACAAAACUGUCCAGGGUCUGAUCGAAGAGCUUGAAAGAAAAGCUAGACCAGUCAAGGGCAGUGGUGAUAUCAAAGCUGUUGCCUCUAUCUCUGCUGGUAACGAUGAACUUAUCGGAGCCAUGAUUGCUGAUGCCAUUGACAAAGUGGGCCCAGAUGGUGUCCUUUCGAUCGAGUCAUCUUCAUCUUUUGAGACUACUGUUGAUGUUGAAGAAGGAAUGGAGAUUGACCGAGGCUACAUUUCCCCUCAAUUUGUGACAAACCUUGAGAAAUCUAUUGUGGAGUUUGAGAACGCUAGAGUUCUUAUAACUGAUCAGAAGAUCACAAGCAUAAAGGAAAUCAUUCCACUUCUGGAGCAGACUACACAGUUGAGAUGCCCGCUGUUUAUUGUAGCUGAGGACAUUACUGGUGAAGCUUUGGCGACUCUUGUUGUUAACAAGCUCAGAGGUAUUAUUAAUGUUGCGGCGAUCAAAGCCCCAAGUUUUGGUGAGCGGCGGAAGGCUGUCCUUCAGGAUAUUGCCAUCGUGACAGGCGCUGAGUACCUAGCGAAGGAUCUUGGUCUGUUGGUUGAGAAUGCAACAGUAGAUCAACUUGGGACAGCAAGGAAAAUCACAAUCCAUCAGACUACAACUACCCUCAUAGCAGAUGCGGCUAGCAAAGACGAGAUCCAGGCGAGGGUUGCACAGCUAAAGAAGGAGCUUUCUGAAACUGAUUCCAUCUAUGACUCUGAGAAAUUGGCUGAGAGGAUUGCCAAGCUUUCUGGUGGUGUGGCCGUCAUCAAGGUUGGAGCAACAACCGAGACAGAGCUCGAGGACCGUCAGCUGCGGAUUGAGGACGCGAAGAAUGCCACUUUCGCAGCCAUCGAGGAGGGCAUUGUUCCCGGUGGUGGUGCGGCGUAUGUGCACCUGUCUACUUACGUCCCCGCGAUCAAAGAAACCAUCGAAGACCAUGAUGAGCGCCUUGGUGCUGACAUCAUUCAAAAGGCAUUGCAAGCACCGGCGUCACUGAUCGCCAACAACGCCGGAGUGGAAGGGGAGGUCGUGAUCGAGAAGAUCAGGGAGAGCGAGUGGGAGAUGGGUUACAACGCGAUGACCGACAAGUACGAGAACCUGAUCGAGUCGGGCGUCAUCGACCCCGCCAAGGUGACGAGAUGCGCGCUCCAGAACGCUGCCUCGGUGUCCGGAAUGGUCCUCACCACGCAAGCGAUCGUCGUCGAGAAGCCCAAGCCGAAGCCUAAGGUCGCCGAGCCAGCGGAGGGGCAGCUCUCCGUCUGAUUGAGCUGUAUGUAAAGAUCUCUUCAGGCCUCCUCCGUGUUUUUAGAUGCUUCAGUUCAGACAGGCCAAGCAGUAGAAUUUUGGUUGAGAUCAACUGGAAGUGAAAGGUCUAGAGUAAGAGUAGGAUUGCCAUUUUUGCGACUCGAACGGUAAACCUUCCUCGCCUGAUCUGAACUCUUGUGAAUCAGAGAAAUAUUCCGCUUCAUUUUUGAAAUAAAUAAAUACUGAUAACACCACAGCUUUCUACAA